AUGCCGCCAGCCACGGAGUCUUCCAUAGCCUACACGGAGUACGGCCAACCAGAAGGCUUUCCGGUGCUCAUAGUCCAUGGCUGGAGCGUCAGCAGCGUCACCGAAGCCCACGCCUUCGAGCCCAUAUUUACCUCUCUGGAGACGGGGGCGCCGUUUCGGCAGCAGCAUCAGUAUCAGUAUCGGCGCAUCUACCCGGAUCUCCCCGGCCACGGAGCCACACCCUCAAAGGGCAUCCAGAAUCUCGACGACAUCUACGCUCACCUCACUUCUUUCACCGAGACACAUCUCUCUGGCAAGCGCUUCCUCCUGGUCGGCUCCUCCUGUGGCGCUUAUCUCGCGCGUGCCGUUGCACUGAAGUAUGGCUCGCAGAUUGACGGACUGGUGCUGCGUGUGCCGAUGGUUGAGCCAUUCAAUCGGGACCUCGAUCCAUUCAAGCCAAUCGUAGAGAAUACAGAAGUUAUUUCAGGCCUUUCCGACGCAGACAAGAAGGUCUUCGGCAAUCAAGCAUUGGUGCAAACGCCCGAGUAUAUACAAGCUUUGAAAGCUACAUACGACAAUGCGGUACCAGAGGUGGCGGAGGGCGAUGCCGCGGUGCUUGGACCUAUACGGUCUGAUCCAAGCAAGUACAAGCUGUCAUGCUUGGAAGGGUUGGAUGCUGGUGACGCCAAACGGGUUGAGCUUGAUGCGCCAACACUUAUUGUUUGCGGCCGGCAGGACGGGGUCGUGGGCUACCGAGAUAGUUUGCGUUUGUUGGAGCUAUAUCCGCGGUCUACGUUUGCGGUGGUAGACAGAGCGGACCACGCCAUGCCAGUGGACGAUCAAAACGAUCUCUUUGGUGCACUGAUUAGAGACUGGUUGACAAGAGCCGAGGAGUGGCGAGCACAUAGAGUGGCUUGA